GUGUGCCCUUGGUAGCCAUUUUGACGAUCGUGUGGUAGACGCGAUUCUCAUUCUGCAAAAAUGCCUCCGGUAACAAUGAAGUUACCCACGGAGAAUCAGAACAAGACGGAUGAAGAGCUUGCAGUAGCUAAACCUGUGAUUGGGAUCAUCUAUCCACCGCCAGAAGUAAGGAACAUUGUAGACAAGACGGCCAGUUUUGUCGCUAGGAAUGGACCGGAAUUCGAAAGUCGAAUUCGUAAGAAUGAAAUGAACAAUGCCAAGUUUAACUUUCUGAAUCCCUCGGACCCUUACCAUGCUUACUAUCAGCAUAAAGUCAGAGAAUUCAAGGAGGGACGUGGAUCAGAACCAGUGGCACCAAAGCCAGUACCGGGUGCACCUUUUUCACAGAAGCCAGCUGAACAGGCUAAAAUAAUACAAGAAAUAAUUAUCCCUAAGGAGCCCCCGCCAGAAUUUGAGUUUAUUGCUGAUCCACCGUCCAUAUCGGCAUUUGAUUUAGAUGUAGUGAAAUUGACAGCACAGUUUGUGGCCAGAAAUGGACGACAGUUUCUGACCAACUUAAUGAAUCGAGAGCAACGUAACUAUCAGUUCGAUUUUCUGCGGCCCCAGCAUAGCUUGUUCAAUUAUUUCACUAAGCUAGUGGAACAGUAUACUAAGAUCCUCAUUCCCCCAAAGGACCUGUUGGAUAAAUUACAGAAGGAGUCAUUUGAUUACAAAGAUGUCUUGAAUCAAGUGAAAUACAGAGUGGAAUGGCAGCGACAUCAGGACCGGGAGAAGAGGAAGGAAGAGGAAGCCAUUGAACGGGAAAGAGUGGCCUAUGCUCAGAUUGAUUGGCAUGACUUUGUUGUCGUGGAAACUGUCGACUUUCAACCAAAUGAGAGUGGAAACCUUCCCCCACCCACUACGCCAGGGGAAGUCGGAGCACGAAUGUUGGUUCAGGAGAGAAUGCAGAGAGGAGAAGUUGAUGCAGAUGAGAUGGAAGUAGAGUCUGAUGAAGAUGAUGAUGAGUCUGAUGAGGAAGAGAGAGUAACAUCAAAGGCCAUAGAGCAUGCCAACAUGCAGAUACAGGAUAUGGAGGAAGGUUCUGAUGAGGAGAUGCCCAUACAGAGGAAGGCACCCAAUCCCCCUCAACAGCCUCCUCCCCCACCAGGCCCCCCACCCCCCUCAGAUCAUCUUCCGCCCCUCCCUCCAACCCCAGACCAGGUCAUCAUCCGCAAAAAUUAUGAUCCCAAAGCCCGUUCUGUUCAUCCCGAAACUGGCGCUGAGCAGUAUAUGGUGUCCCCAAUCACUGGGGAGAAGAUCCUGGCCAGCAAAGUCCAGGAGCACAUGAGAAUCGGUUUGCUGGAUCCCAUGUGGAUAAAGGAGAGACAGAAAGUGAUGAAGGAGAAACAGGAACAGGAGGAUGUAUACGCCCCGGGAACCUCCAUUGAGAUGAGUCUGAAGGGCCUGGCCGAGAGACGUACCGACAUCUUCGGUGUGGGCAUUGAGGAAACACAGAUUGGUAAAAAGAUUGGAGAAGAGGAGACCAAAGAGCCCAAGAAAGUUGUUUGGGAUGGACACACAGCCUCCAUGGAGAAAGUGACUCAGAAGGCCCGAGAAAACAUCUCUAUUGAAGAGCAAAUCAAGACUAUCCACAAAGUGAAGGGAUUCAUGCAAGAUGAGGAGAAAGAGAAGAUUGGUCCGAAUAUUCCUAAGAAUCCCCCACCACCCCCUAAAAAUGCACCGCCACCCCCACCUAUGUCUAAGCAGUCCAAGCCACCACCUCCACCUCCUCAUUCAUCUGCACAACUCAACCCAGCCCCUCUCAUGUCACAGACAGUGCCCCAGAGACCACUGAUGGUUCUACCACCAAGGCCCCCAAUGCCAAUUGUUCGAAUGCAGCAGCCAAUGCCGGUAGCAUCCCAUCAGUUUAUGCCAGGACCUCCUCAACCCCCGGGAUUCCCUCCCCACAUGAUGUCAGCUCCAGCAGCCCCUCCCCCAGGAAUUCCCCCACCCCCACAGGAUGACGAGCCACCAGCCAAGAAACAGAAGACAGAAGAUCAGCUGAUUCCAGAGGAUGUCUUCUUGGCUAGAAACAAGGGACCUGUGACAUUCAAAGUAUCAGUACCCAAAGUGGAGGAUAAACCAGAAUGGAAUCUUAAAGGACAGACUGUGUCCUUCACCCUGCCUCUUACAGACACGAUCUCUGUAAUGAAAGCCAAGUUGAAUGAAAGCCUGGGUAUUCCAGCUGGUAAACAGAAACUGCAGUACGAAGGUAUUUUUGUGAAAGAUUCAAACUCUCUGGCCUACUACAAUGUAAUCCAAGGUGGUACUAUUGCUCUGCAACUGAAGGAGAGAGGAGGAAGGAAGAAGUAGAUGCUGGAUGAAUAAAGGGAAUGACAGAAUGAAAUAACUGACCGAAUGAAAUAACUAAGGAUUUGUUUGAUAGAAUAAAGGACUGGAUUACAAAGGGACUGAUGUCAUUUGUAAACUACAGAUAUGUAAAUGUAUUUUGAAUAUAUUUGACACAUCAUGAUGAUAUUGCAGCUGCUGUUGGUUAUGAAUGCAGCAACACAACAAUAGAAUAACAGUUGGUACUAUAUAUUGACUUGAGUAUAAAAUUUCUUUAUCAUGGAGUAAGCGAUAGUCAACAUGCGGCUGUCAAAUUCUUUCCAUGUGUAUAUAUACAUUUAUUGUGUAUUACAAGUUUCCCAGGUUAAUAAAUGCUUCUCUGCAAGUUGAAUUCUUGAGAUCAUGCUGCAGGUAUUUCACAUUGCAAGAAGUUUGAAACACGUUCAUUACAUUUGUUUUUUAUUUCUGGCUUAUUUUGAAAGUAACAAUUACAUGUACAUAUGAAAGAAAAAAUGUAAAGUAUAUUUUAGUUUUAUUAAAAACACAUGUAUAUCACAUUUUUCACUUUGUGUUAAUGUACAAAUGCAUGUGUUUGAGGUUUUCAGGAAAUAAAAUGAAAAAUGUU